AUGGAGAGCUUUCAUCAUUUGCUUCCUUUUGUAUCGGUUAAUAUUAAUGAGAAGUCGGAGGAAGGGGACGAGCUGAGGAGGAUUAUGUCGAUUGACCGGUCUGAAGCUAUCAUGCUUAUGAAUCGGUUGGAAAUCAAUACUGUGCUGGAACUGAUAGAAUACGGAACUGCCAGAUCAGUGACUGAAGAAUAUUUGUUACCCUGCUUCUUCAAAUCUCAGCAUAAGACUACAAAAUUUUUGAAUUUCUACAAAGGCUUAGUUCGAGAAUUUAAAGAAACCAGCACAAUUUUCAUAGAAAUCUUCUUGGCCUUGAGAGAGUGCAUACUUGAUGAUAAUAACUUGGAGUACAGAGAUCUCCCUGAGGUCAUGUUAAUAGGUAAGAUGCAAUACAGACAAUAUUUAGGUGGAGAAUACUCUAAGGACAAAGGAAUGAACAAGGGUCAGAUCGAGGUUAUGCUCAAAUUGAUUUCUAAAGUUCCUCAUGUUAAAGCGCUAUCUUUAGUCUUCACGAGAUUCAGAAAUUCUGGGCUAAAGCAUUUAUAGCUAAAUGAUUAAAGUUCGAUGGAUUUAGAGGAAUCAGAAAAACAGAUCCUACCUUAUUUGCUUUGAAUCUUUCCCAUAACUUUUUCAAUUGGGAAUACAUGAAAUCCUUCAUGAAAGUGUUCACUGGGAAGAUCCCACCAGAUUAUGCAGAGGAGAAUAGCAUUCCUCUUGAAUGAGGCAUCAGGAUCCUUAUUCUUGAUAAUAACUUUUUAACGGCCAAGGGAGCAGCUAUUAUUGGUAAUUCUUUGCCCAAAUGAAGAUCACUGAAGGUUCUCUCUUUGGAGACCAAUAGGAUUCAAGGAAAAGGAGCUGAGCCUCUCUUUGAAGGCCUCAAAACAGCUACUCUCGCCUAUCUUUCUUUGGCAUCAAAUCCUCUUGGUAAUAGAGGAGUCUCUGACUUGAGCGAUGCUUUGAAAGAGAAUACCUAUUUGAAAAUGUUAGACCUGUUUGAUGUGAAUUUUUCUGAGGAGGGAGCAAUCUGCCUCUCACAAGCAUUAAUAGAGAACAAAACUUUACAAGGUUUAUAUCUUUCCAAUACGAAAGUAUCCAUGGAUAUUUCUGAAAAGCUGUUAAAGGUUGUACUGUGUAAUCACUCCCUCAAGGUAUUUAAAUGGGUAAACUUGUACAAAUUUGGAGAUUAUGAACUUGAUGUCUCAGAUAGAGCUUUUGACAUUGAGAGCCAUCAUACCCCAAUUUCGAAGUUUACUUUUUAUAACCAAGAAAGAAUGGAUUUAUGCUUUACAAUAUUCUGUGAUUUUUAUAAGUGCCCUUGGGCACCUUUUCCACAGUUCAAGGAUCAAUAUUCGGAUGAAUGAGUACUCUUUCAGGGGUAUUUGGAUUAUGUGCUUGAGAACUGGACUUCUCUUCAGAGAGGUGAUUAUUACAGUCAAGAUCUUGACGAGGAGGACCUGCAGUUCCCUUCUAUUAAUAACUUGUUAGGGAAGUUCCAAUUUGAUUACGAUGAGCCUAAGCUGGACCAUGACAGUAUAGAAUACAAGCUACUUCAUUUGAAUAGAGUUGAUGAUAAUGAAAGGUUAUUCUACACCUAUUUCAAAGAUGAUAGAAAGGAUUCUGAAGAAGCUAAGGUGACUAGAGGUAAGAUUCUCAAGAGAAAGCAAGAUGAAUUGCUGGGUAACUCUUUUUACGAGGCUGCAAUUACUCCUUCGAAGCACCAUGAUGAGUUCAUGCCAAAUAGUUCAUAUACAAAGAUAGGCAAACAGAUGGUGUAUAUAAUGCUUAUCCUUGGAUUUAAUGCAAAUACCAUUGACCCAGAGUCUGGAAUGAAUGCUAUACAUAAAUGAAUAGCAUCAAGAAACCAGAUUGUUCUAGAAAUCCUCUUAAAAUCAUCCAAGUCUUUAGACCUAAAUAUUCAAGUUGAAAAGGGAGACUUCGAGGGAAUGACACCAUUGCACAUAGCUAUUCUCUCAAAAGAAGUCAUAUUCGUUGAUCUAUUGUGCCAAUACGAAGGAGAUAUUGUCACUGACUUAGAUAUUCCUACAAAUGAUGAUGAGACCCCUAUAGAGCUAGCAGAAAGAAUCUUCAAGCAGUCAAUCAGCGAUAGGAAUGCGAUGAACAACAUGAAUGCUAUCUGUAUGAGGCUCAAAAGAUAUGCAAAGAUCAAAUGAAUAGAUAUAACUCAGAAGAAAUGGUUUGGAAAUUCGAAUUAUUCAGAAAAUUCGGAGGAGGAGUACUCUAAGCUUGUAAAAUACAUUGUUGCUGAUGAUUUCCAUGAGUUUUCACAUAUCUUGAUGAGUGAUAAUUCAGGCGAACAACUCAAUUCAAUUGAUUAUGAGAAUAUGACUCCUUUGCAUUAUGCUAUAUUUUAUAAGAGAGAGAAGUAUGCAAUGACUCUGAUAAAGUGAGGAGCUGAACUAUAUGUAGCUGAUGUUAGAGGGAUGACUCCUCUUCACCUAGCUGCUAUGAUGAGUUCUGCUAUUAUUAUCACAUCUCUUAUUAAUGCUGGAGCGGAUCCUAGUACCCAAAAUUAUGAUGGAGACACUCCUCUUGAUCUUGCAAAAAGACUCGGUAGGAAGGAGAUUGUUGAAGAGUUGAAAUAUUAUUGUGUUUAAAUCUAUUUUGCAUUUUCUAUC